CUUCCUGUGAGAAGUAAACAAUCGUGUUUCGCCACGUCGAAUUGCAGUGUAAUUUGUUUUUAAACGACAGGUGUUUCACAGAAAGUGCAAUUACAUUUUGUAAGGGGAUGAAUGAUGAAAAACCAAUAGAAUGAAGUACUGAUUUAUGUUGAAGAAUUUUUUUUGGAAAUCUGUCAUCACUAGUCAAAAUAACCAACAUGACUUCCAGACGCCCUCAGCCUGCUAAGCCCUACUUUCCAGAAGGUGAUAUAGGAGAGGACUCAUUUCCCCAUGUUCCCUUUUCAUCUGGGGGAACCAAAAGAGAAUCUGAAGAAAACCCCCGAGGUUUAGAAGGAGACUAUAGCAAUGUAGCUUUGUUGAUGUUUUUAUAUGUACUUCAGGGUAUACCACUUGGAGUAGCAGGCAGUGUUCCUAUGCUUCUACAAAGUCGAGAUGUUAGUUACAAAGAACAAGCUGUGUUCAGUUUUGUAUUUUGGCCCUUCAGCAUUAAAUUAAUAUGGGCACCACUUGUGGAUUCAAUGUAUUUCCCAUCUUUUGGAAGAAGGAAGAGUUGGCUGGUUCCAAUUCAAUAUCUGAUUGGUGUAUUCAUGAUGCUAUUAUCCUAUAGAGUAGACUCUUUGAUAGGCACGGAGAAAAGUGGUAGUGGAGUGAGUAUCUACAUGCUUACAGCUAUCUUCUUCAUGCUGAAUUUUCUGGCUGCUACUCAAGACAUAGCAGUUGAUGGCUGGGCCUUAACAAUGCUGUCAAAGAGAAAUGUUGGCUGGGCAAGCACAUGCAAUACUGUUGGACAAACUGCAGGGUAUUUUCUUGGAAACAUUUUUUUCCUAGCCUUGGAAUCAGCUGAUUUUUGUAACAAAUACUUGAGGAGUGAACCCCAAGAAACUGGAGUUGUAACCCUUGCUGGGUUCAUGUUCUUCUGGGGCAUCGUUUUCUUUGUAACCACAACCCUUGUUAUGAUUAUGAAACAUGAAACUGACGACCCUGAUGCUGACAGUGAACAGGGCAUUGUUGACACGUACAAACAGCUGAUCAGGGUCAUCAAACUACCUCCUGUCAUCUCUUAUGCCAUCAUCCUUCUAACGGUCAAGAUUGGAUUUGCUGCUGCUGACUCGCUAACAGGUUUGAAGUUGAUGGAGGCUGGGAUGAAGAAGGAGACGUUAGCUCUGUUUGCUGUUCCCAUGAUUCCUAUUCAGAUCAUCCUUCCACUGAUCAUCAGUAAAUACACCGCCAGCAAAACUCCCAUGGACAUUUUUUUACGUGCAAUGCCAUUUAGAUUACUCCUAGGGUUGGUGUAUGCCUUCAUGGUAUGGAUGGCAUCAAGGGUACAGCCUAGCCCUGGAGUUUUUCCCACCUCGUUCUACAUAUUCAUUUUAAUUGUUUACGCUGUUCAUCAGGUUACAUUGUAUAGCAUGUUUGUAGCGGGCAUGGCUUUUCAUGCUAAAAUCAGUGACCCGGCAAUAGGAGGCACAUAUAUGACACUUCUCAACACUUUAUCCAAUCUAGGUGGUAACUGGCCUAGUACAAUGGCAUUGUGGGUAGUAGAUGGCUUAACAUGGAAGUCUUGUAUUGGAGCAACAGGGAGUUGUGAUAAAGCAGCACCACUAGAAGAGCAAUGUACGCAUCAUGGUGGUGUUUGUGAGACCAACAUUGACGGAUAUUAUAUAGAGUCCAUUCUCCUGAUAGCUGUAGGAUUCCUGUGGUAUAUAUGGAGAUACAGAAAAGUAAAACAACUUGACAGACUUGAUGUCUCCGCUUGGAAGUGCUCCUGAUCUUACUCUUAAGCUUAUAACUAAUAAACAUUCCUGUGUUCUCAUACUGUUAGUAGCAAUCAGAAUUGAGUAUUACACUGACUGCUUUCAAAAGCAAUGUCUUGUUUAGUUGUCUAUCAACUCAAUCAUGUAUAUAGUUUACAGGUAUUUUAAUUAAUGUCAUAGUUAACUGGAAUUAAGUACAUUAACCUGAAUCUCUUGAUUAACACUGGGUGUUAUAGAUUCAGAGACAGUUCAAAGGAAAUAUUUAUAUGGACUUUUACUUUUUUUAACAUAUCGCUCAAGAGUCAUUUUGGUUUUGUUGCGUUUGUUGAUAUUUUUUAGGGAUCAAUUAAAUCAUUGUUUUUCAUUCGUUUUAUAUUUUUAAAUGUCCAAGGAAAAAUCAUGAAUAAAAAUUAUGUUACUUUUA